AUGGAGCGAAGGAACUACAGUGGGCGAGUUAGCGAAUUUGUGUUGCUGGGUUUCCCAGCUCCUGCACCACUGCGGGCAUUACUGUUUUUCUUUUCUCUGCUGGCCUAUGUGUUGGUGCUGACUGAAAAUGCACUCAUCAUUACAGCAAUUAGGAGCCACCCCACGCUCCACAAACCCAUGUAUUUUUUCUUGGCUAAUAUGUCAUUCCUGGAGAUUUGGUAUGUCACUGUCACAAUUCCUAAGAUGCUUGAUGGCUUCAUUAGCUCCAAUCAGAACCGCGGACAGCUGAUUUCCUUUGAGGGCUGCAUGACACAGCUCUACUUUUUCCUGGGUUUGGGCUGCACUGAGUGUGUCCUUCUUGCUGUUAUGGCCUAUGACCGCUAUGUGGCUAUCUGUCACCCACUCCAUUACCCUGUCAUUGUCAGUAAUCGGCUCUGUGUGCAGAUGGCAGCUGGAUCCUGGGCUGGAGGUUUCGGCAUCUCAAUGGUUAAAGUUUUCCUCAUUUCUCGUCUGUCUUACUGUGGGCCCAACACCAUCAACCACUUUUUCUGUGAUGUUUCUCCAUUGCUCAACCUCUCAUGCACUGACAUGUCCACAGCAGAACUUACAGAUUUUAUCCUGGCCAUUUUUAUUCUGCUGGGGCCACUCUCUGUCACUGGAGCCUCCUACAUGGCCAUCACUGGUGCUGUGAUGCGCAUCCCCUCAGCUGCUGGCCGCCAUAAAGCCUUUUCUACCUGUGCUUCCCACCUUACUGUUGUGAUCAUCUUCUAUGCAGCCAGUAUCUUCAUCUACGCCAGGCCUAAAGCACUCUCAGCUUUUGACACCAACAAGCUGGUCUCUGUACUCUAUGCAGUCAUCGUACCGCUGCUCAAUCCUAUCAUUUACUGCUUGCGCAACCAAGAGGUCAAAAGAGCCUUACGUCGCACUCUGCACUUGCACCAGGGCCAGGAUGCUAAUGCCAAGAAACCUGGCAGAGAUGGUUAG